AUGCCUCAUGUGUUUGUGAAUCGACCCCGUUUGUUCUCAGCCAAUGUGAUUCCAGUGUCAUUGGACGAGUUGCGGAGGGAGUACUUUUGGGAAUCUGUCAAUGCCGUCUUUUACAUUCUGGGAGGAGUGUUGCUGACCAUUGGAUCCAUCCUGUUCCUGCCCCAAUACGAAGACGUCCAAUAUGUGGGAGCCUGGAUCUUUAUUGUGGCAUCCAUCCUGUACUUGACCGUGUCCGGCCAUGACUUGAUUGAAAUCAACAACCAUGGCGGUAUGUUCAACCCCAACAACUUGGCAGAUCUGGUGGCUGCCACCAGCUACUCCAUUGGUGCCAUCAACUUUAUCCUGGGCAGCAUCUUCUUUCUACCACAUGUCGAAAUGUACAUGGGCGGAGCCAUCAAUUUUAUCAUGGGAUCCAUUCUCUUUGUGGUGGGAGCUGUGGUCAAUUCCAUUCAAAUAUUUGAUUCUCCAACUCGAUUGACGGCAUUUUAUGCCAAUCUUGUGGCUGUCUUUUAUGUGGUUGGUUCCACCUUGUACCUAUCGGCAUCAGUACCCUAUUUGUUUGAUCUUGACACGGACAAGGACAAUGACCUUGUGUUCCAGUUUGCAGCGAUUCUCUACAUCUUUGGAUCCAUGUUGUUUACGGUGGCAGGAUGUGUCAACAUCUACCGGGCAAGACUCAUCUUGAUCAUUGAAACCGAAAAACGCAAAGCAGACUAUGCGGCCGAUCAUCGUAAGGAUGGUGGCAAGGCAAGAAUGGCAGCCAACAACGACAACACGGACAGCAAAAUGAGGACAGAUGGUGAUUCUGCCAGCAGCCAGGUGUCAUCAUAG